AUGCCAGUCCUUUUGCCAGUCAACUGUCUUCGCGACUCUUUUCUAGGAUUGAUCAAGGAGCAAGAUCAAGUCAACAAAGCUGAGUUCAACCCGUCAGAAUCGGAAGGCAUAUGGCGCCUUCCAUCCGGGCUUACGCCCCAGAGUCUUUUACAAAAUCUCGGUCUUGAAGGGAUCGCCCGUAGCAUACUGUUUUCUGCUUCUCGUUCAAGGGGCAGUAAGUCCGACAUUCAAGUUUUCACUCUCUCAAUCCCGGAAGAGCAAAUCCGCAUCUCCUCUCUCGAGUCGCCCGUCUCGAUAAAUGGCAAACAAUACCUGCUCGACAAAGAUUUCGAAGGCUUCACUCCACUUUGUCCGGCACCAAUCCUCGAGGAUUUUGUUGAGUACAUUACCUUUUCGGAUCUUAGAACUAUAUCCGGCUGA